AUGCUCCGAGAGGAGCGGUCGCGACUUUGGCCUCCAUCCGAGAGCCCAGCGAAGGGCGAGGCCACAAGCUCCCUCCAGCGGCCUCAAAGCAAGGAGGUGAUCUCCCGCGAGUUCAACCUGCGGUUGGGUGGCUGGUUUCCAGCUCUGAAAUGGCUGAUCAAGGAGUUCCGGCUGCGCAUUGGCUACGAGACACCCGAUGAGGAGGCCAUCCGACCCGAGACUGCUUCGGAACUGCAGCAUCGCCUCUCCAUGACAGGCUGGCAUCCGCUUUUGGAUCCGACAAUUUUCCCCUGGCCCGGACCCUACUGGUUCGCAACUUCCAUUGCUUUGCAGCAAGGCCAGGCUGCAGCCCCACACACUGAAAUAGACUUUUGA